AUGUCGCGGAGGACGCUGGGUGGAGGUCGUGUUCUGGGCAACCCAAGCGCGCUCACAUCAACUCCGUCCCCGCAGCCGAAGCCACGGGUGCUCUCGCCGACCGCCAGCAGCGUUUCCCUUAAUUCACAGGCCGCAUCACAGCUCUCGACAGAAACUCAGGAUCUCACUUCACGCAUUUCAAUAGAGAAUGGCGACACUUCGAUAUCCGCCGCCCCGGCUGCUCCGGGAGCUCAGCUCUCCUGUCCGAUCUGUAGCGAACAGAUGAUGACUUUGCUGCAGUUAAAUAGACAUCUCGACGACAUCCAUCAGAACCUGGAAGAUAGCCACCAAGAUGAAGUCAAAGAUUGGUUCAAGGUCCAAAUGGAAAAAGCAAGGAAGUUUCAGCCUCUAGCAGUCCUAAACCAGAAGUUGAAAGGCCUGGAUGUAUUCGAAUCAAACGAGAACCAGGGCACACCUAUCCCCAGUCGCCCACUAGCACCCCAUGCAGGCAUACCCGAACCUCCGAAACUCCUAGACCCCGAGGAUCUUAUAACAAAAGACCACUGGCAAACAAGUUCUAUGUACGACGAGUGUUUAGAACCAUCCUGUGGGAAACGAUUGAAUGCCACCAACGGCUGCGUGAAUUGUCGGAGUUGCGGGAAACUGUUUUGCGAAGAACACACGAUGUACCAAAUGAAGCUCUCGCGGGCGGCACAUCAUGAACCGGUGCGAGGAAUAUGGGCCCGAGUGUGCGAAACCUGUUACAAGUCAAGAGAGGGGUACAAUGAUCAUAAUGGAACCGUGAGGAACCAAAUGGAUGCAUUCAAGUCAAUAAGAAAACAGACUGUUGAUAAGGAAUUUUUGGAGAUAUCCCGACUCGAGAAACGACUGACCCGUCUCACUCAACUGUUGGCUAGUCUGCCGCCGGAUCAAAUACACCCCAGUGCAACCAAACUUUGGUCUCUUGCGUGGCAGAAUGAUCAACGUAAGGAAAUAGAGCAAACGAUCGUUAGCUGGCAGGAUGAUGCCAGUGUUUCACGAUGUCCAUUUUGCCAACAGGACUUUUCGGGUUAUACAUUUCGCAGGCACCACUGCAGAACUUGCGGACGAGUCGUCUGCGGUGAUCCUAGUACCGAGUGCUCUAGUGAGGUUGGGCUAAGCAUUUCUCCUGGCUCGACAGCAACCUCUGAGAAAACCAAUGGCGAUAACCUUGUCAACAUUGAUGUGAGGCUAUGCAAAGAAUGUAAAGCGACGCUGUUUGAUCGACGCGACUUUAAAGCAGAUAUGACGCGAAAACCGCCGGAGAUCAGGGCUUAUGAAAACUUGACCCAGUUUGAGAGAGGCAUCCGCCUUCAUCUACCGAGAUUCCAAAAGCUGUUGACAGCUUUACAGGAUCCGAGGCGACCUCCAUCAUCAGCCCAAAUUGCAGAUGCAUCCAAGGUGCGCAAGCGACUGAUUGAUUCUUUUGCGCAGUAUGAUGUUGCGGCUCGACGUAUUCGUGACAUGCCGACCCAAUCCCCCACACAACAAAAGCUGCAGAAGGCUAUAUAUCAACAAGCAAGCAACUUCCUUCACCUCCAUAUGUUACCUUUGAAAUCACUCCCCAAAAUCCUCAAGCAUGCAACCCCCGCGUCAGAGAGAAUACCCAGCCGGACAAGCUCCCCGCGGACAAGCUCCCCAAGUACUCCAGUCAAUGGCUCCACGACAGGUAUCCGGCCACCAGAGUCUGCUCUUUCAUCGAUCAAGUACAACAGCGUUGCCGCCAGCGGUAGCAAUAGCAGCCUAGCUAGCGACACCAGCAGUGCCGUCUCAGCGCUGGAAGCAGAAGAAAAGUCUCUUCGAGACCGGCUGAUCGUCCUAGAAGAGCAGAAGUUCUUUGUAUCCGAGAUGAUCGCCGAUGCUAAUCGGCGGCGCAAAUUCGAUGAAGUGAGCAGUCUAGCGAUGAACGUCGAGGACCUGAGUCGUGAGAUCGAUCGCGUCAAUGGCAUGCUUGCAAAUCUCGAUUUCGAAGGUCUUUAUACGGGGAAUCCGCAGCCAAGUUCUUGA